AUGCAACCAUUAUUUACAGUUUUUCUUCUAUACUUAUUUGUUGGUAAGUCAAUUGAAGUUUAUUUUAUAAAUUGCAUUAUUUCGAUAUGACGAGAUCAACUGUUUUCUCAAUGUAUUCUUUAAAAUUUACUUAACAUCCUUCUACUUCUGAUUGAGACGCGUUUCGUGGAUAGCUGCAUAACAUCACGGAGUUCAUCGUAUCUCAUUGUCGAUCCGAUUGGAAUACCAAUGGAAAAGGCAGAAAAAGAUGGGUGUGGAAAUGCAGCAAAACAUAAACAUUUCAUCCUUUCUUUUACCUUUUCUCUGUCACGAGAUUACAACUCGACUGUUAAAAAGCUUCAAAAUCACUUAAUGUUUUGUUCCAAUUGUUUUAUUCUUAGGAUUCGAUUAUACAGUUUCACUAGAAGAAGAAAUAGAGAAUGAUCGUUGCGAGAUGAUGAUGAGAAAGAUUGAUUCUGAUGACAAAGGAAUUAUAACGGACAAUACACCGUCUAGAUUGCAUUCAACGUGGAUAUCGCAAGAAUGUGAGAUACGAGCUGGUCCAAAAUAUAUCAUAAGGAAAUAUAGUUUUUUUAAGAACGACUCGUUCCUUUUAUUACAAUAUCAUUAUGACGACGAAUCAUGCAGCGUCGCAACAUACACUGUUGUAGCGCGUGGUUCUGUUAAAAUUUUAUCUCCGUCUAUUGCAAUUUCUGGUGCUGUGGAAACUAGCAUACAAUUGGACUCGGUUUAUUUGAUACCAUUUAAUAGACAGGUCGCCCAUAAAUUUGGACGUAUAAUGAACGCAAGCUGCGGUGGUAUCGAAACAAAGUGGCGUCCUUAUUUGGUACAGCUUAUCUACGAACGAUCUACAAAUUCUUCAUCACCCAUGAAUUUAAAUAUGUACGAUCUGAAUUCUAAUUCUCUUCAAAGUCGUCUAUUGCGGCUAAGGAAGCGACACACAAUGGACUGUUUGAAAUCUUUUGAAAUUGAUUUCUCGGAAUUGAAAUUACUCCGAGUAGAAAUAAAACGAUCCAAUUUCGUUGCAAAGUCACUGAAGAAUGAAGAGAAUGGUGAAGAUAAAACGCGUAUAAGAAUUGAAUUAUUGCUUGGUGGACUUGCACGAAAUAUUCGUUCCCAGAAAAUACAACAGGCUCCAAAUCAUUUGCAAUCUACGUCUUUGUUACGUGCUGAUAGGGCUGCUGACUGUCCAAUUUGUGGAAGUGUAUAUCGCGCUACCGAGUACAGUCCACCUUUGUUUCAUCAAGCGCCUCCACUUCCGGCGAUUAUAGGCGGUGUUUGGUUGAGUAUCAGAUGCGAAAGUGUUGAUGGAGGAUUUUGGUCUAAGAGAUUUUUUCGAAUUCAUUCCGAUGACAGCAGAUGGUUCGCGCGUUGGACUUAUUACGUUGAUUCUACAUGUUCGAAUUCGUUAUAUUCAAUCAAUGCAGCUGGAAAUUAUAUUCAACGUGCUGUUCGACAAAGACGAGAUGUUGAAAAUUCGAAUACAAAGACAUCCAAUAUUGAAGACUUGGAAAAGCCUGAGAAAAAUCUUGUAUUGAAUAUACACCGUCGUUUAUUCAAAAAUACUGAAGAAUUGAAUAGUUUAGAACUAAAACAAAGGCAGAAGAUGAAGAUUAAUCAAGAAGAAUCCAUUGUUGGUAAUUUUAAGGUCCAGAAAGAUAAGUUACCUUCUGGGACAAGUGAAUUAGAAUUAAAAAUUCUUGAAUGUUCAUUAAUUCCUGUUGAUAAGAUAACACCAAUUAGUUGCAAAGGAACUAUUAAAGAAAUUAAGCACAUAAAAAACGAAGCAGGUUUAUGGACAAAAAAUUGCAUACUUGGAACUAACUUCGAACCUCCAGCGAUUUUGAAGUUUAAAGCAAGAAUUGGUCUUGAUUGGAAAGGGGAUUAUACUCUGCUUUUAGCAUCAUGGAAAGAUGAUCUUUGGGAAGCUCCUCUUCAUCAAUGUUCUGAGAUAACUUCGCGAAACUAUUUUCGACAAUCCUGGCCUUUGCUUGUUUUUCGAAGAGGCAAUCGGUAUGAUCGAUUCAGUCGAUAUAGACGAGAUUGGUUUUCUUCUUCAUUUGCCAUGAGUCUUACAAGUUCCUCGUUUAUACAUUCCAUCGUUCUAUUUUUGUUAUAUUGGUUACAUUUCUUUUCUUAUAUUGGUUAUUAAUGAUAAAAUUAAAAUCAUUCUCUUCCAAAGAUAAUCGUAAGGACAGAAAACAGAUCAGGGUACAUAUGCAGCAUAUGCAUUAUAGAUGAAUAGUGCAACAAGAACAAUAUAUUACACUCCUUUAUACUUUUGAUAAAUUUCAGAUGAAUUCUGAAAUUUUUGACAAAUGAUUAGAUUUCAUUACUUAUUGUAUAUCAUUAAACACAUAAUGUUAUACGAUUAUGUACCUACAUGUGCUAAAUGAUGGAAAGCAUUAUAAUGAACUAAAUAAAUGUAAUUAUAAAAAAAUAAUUUGUGUCACAUCGAGUCUUUAAAUACAUUUUAUUUAUAAAAUGAAAAGAAUAUAAUUACUUUUCUGCUUUCUUUAAUUUUGCGAAAGCUUGUGUUUUCAUCACUUUUAUGACGAUCUUCUGCUCUUCAAUAAGGAAAGCUCUAACAAUCCUACAAAUGUAAGUUUAAUAGUAUAAUGAAUCUCUAUAGACAAUUAUUUUGUGGAAAUAAAGAAAAUCAACCUUUCUUUGACACAUUUAUGGCAGAGGACACCACCAUAUACUCGUUUCACAGUUUUUUUUCGCCUACACAUUCGUGAUCUUUCCAUAGGCCUCGCUGGUUGAAUGCCUCUUAAUUUAUCUUUACACUGACCACAUCUGGGGAUUUUCUUCGGUUUUUUAAGGUAUUGGUAUACUAAUUUUCCUCCAGGAGUGCGCACACUGUAAAUUUACAAACGAUAAAACAUGCAAGUUUCUAAUAAAUUAAUUAAAAUAAUAGAUAAUUAAAACAAAUAAUAUUUUAAAUUUAAUGAAAUUUAUGAUGACAUAAUUUUAAACAGUGGACAUGUGAAUUUUACAUGUCGAAGUGAACCAAAACAUAACCUUAAAUAAUCAAAUGUUUAUGCUACUAGAAGUUUUAUAAAAAAUUUCCCAUAUUAUGAAAAUAGUGCAGUGUUAUAUUAAAUACAACAAUCCCCUUGUUAUUAUUUAAAAAAAACGAAUACUUACACGCGUCUCCUAUUACUCUUUGUAUUAUAGGAGAGCCGACGUCGAUAUGUCAAUCUCUGCACCAUUUUGAUUCUGAAAUCUAAAUUUGCACAAAGGUUUGUUCAUAUAACAAUAAAUUAUAUCAUCAAAGGGUGUAGACUUCAAAGUAAUUAUAGAAACAUCUUCACCUUUGAGGAUUAAAUUAAAUUACUUGGGUACUAAAACGUAA